UAACAACAACAACACAAGCCUUGGUGAAACGCUGCUGAAAAAACUGAAACAUUUAUAUUCGAGACUCCUUUAAAAAAAAAAAACAGGGUCCCAAUGAGUCAACGACGGAUAAUUGAAGUGUUGGAGCAGUUCCAGAAAGCGAGGCUGCAGUUUGUGCAGUCUAUUGCUGAUCUGGCAUCCAGACCCGAGAAUGUAGAGCAACUACAAAAUGCAGAGGUUUUGAGGUUACUUCGCCCCCUGGCGAUGGAUGUGAACCCGAGCAUCCAGCAGACUGCAGCCCUGGCUGUGGGCCACCUGGCAGACCAGGGCCUGGCCCAGGCCGUGGUCAAGGAGGACAUCCUGCCUCACCUGGUCCAAUCUAUGGCCUCACAGAAUAAGUUUUAUAAGAAGGCAGCAUCGUUUGUGCUGCGUGCGGUGGCCCAACACUCCCCGGAGCUGUCCCAGGCGGUGGUGGGCUGCGGGGGGGUGGAUGCUCUGGUUCUCUGCUUGGAGGGGUUUGACCCCAGGGUGAAGGAGGAGGCCGCCAGGGCUCUGGGCUGCAUCGCAAGACACAAUGCAUCGCUGUCUCAGUCCGUGGUGGAUGCUGGAGCGGCCCGCCUGCUGGUGCUCUGUCUCCUGGAGCCUGAGAUGGAACUAAAACGCAUCGCAGCCUCCACAAUCUGUGACAUCUGCAAGCACACGCCAAAGCAGGCCCAGGCCGUGGUGGACGCAGGCGCCAUCGCACCCCUGGCACGGUUGGCCCUAAGCCGAGAUGCCAAACUCAAGAGGCAGGUGUUCUCCACGCUGAGCAGCAUCAGCAAACACUCGGCCAGCCUGGCAGAAAUGGUGGUGGAGGCGGAGAUCUUCCCUGCAGCCGUGGCCCUGCUCAGAGACCCGGAUGAAUCCGUCAGGAAGAAGGUGGCCACCCUCAUGCAGGAGGUGGUGAAACACUCGUUGCAGCUGUCGGAGGUCAUUGUGAACUUUGGUGCCCUGGGACCAGUGAUUGACUAUCUGGCUGGCUGUCGUGGAGUCCUGCGGUUGCCGGCGAUCAUGAUGCUGGGAUAUCUGGCAACUCACAGUGAAAGCCUCGCUAUGGCUGUCAUCCACUCUAAGGGGGUGUCCCGGCUGGCCCUGUGUCUGUCUGAGGAGUCUGAGCAGAAGAUCAAGGCGGCUACAGUGUGGUCCAUCGGUCAGAUAGGGCAACAUACCCCUGCUCACGCAGAAGCAGUGGCCACAGCCAACCUGCUGCCCAAACUGCUGCAGCUUUAUAUGGACGCCAGCAGCUCAGAGGAGCUGCAGGUCCAAAGUCAGACAGCUCUGAAGAGCAUCCUGCCGAAGUGCACCUGCCUGUCGGCUCUGGAACCACUGCUCUACGACGCUCCCAGCAACAUCCUGAAACUCGUCCUCUGCCAGUUCAGCAAGGUGCUGCCUCACGACAGCCAGGCCCGCCGUCUGUUUGUGACCAACGGGGGACUGAAGAAGGUGCAGGAAAUUGAGGCUGAGUCCGACUCUGCUCUGAAGGAGCACAUCAACGCCAUCAACAACUGCUUUCCUGAAGAAAUAGUCAGGUACUACUCCCCUAACUACCCAGAUGUCUUGUUGCAGCAAUUAGAGAACCACCAGCCAGUCUGAAAGCCCUGAACAACACACACUACCGAC